GGAGCUGCAGACAACAACCGUGCGAGCUUCAUGGGCGUCUUGCAGGUGCCGGGCACCGACGAGGCAGUCGCCGCUUUCAGGGCCAAAUUUCCGAAGGUCAUGGAGAAGCCCAGGCCCGACUACCUGGGCACCUCCUGCACGGAGCCCGAGCUGCGGGCCCGGUUCCAGGCGCUGGGGGCGCUGGACGGCGUCGGGCGGGACAGCGCGCUCGGCCUCGUGCUGCAGGAGCCGCUGCUCCUCGCCAUGGAGGCCGAGAGCCUCGGGGCCACCUGGGAGGCGCUGGUGCGCGUCGCCGAGGGCGACCGCCUGGAGGCGCUGAGGGUGGCCCGCCGGCGCCCACAGUGCCUUCUGUCCUCCGCCGCGGGCUUCGAGGGCAAGACGCUGCGGGAGUUCGACGCGGUCGCAGACGCGGCCGACCAGUUCAAGCCAGUGACGGACACGCUCCAGAGCAUCGGUCCCGAGGGCGUCGCGAUGGGAGCCGCAGCUCUUGGCGUGGCCGCCCUCGGGGCGCUCGUGGGCAAGCUGGGCGGCAGGAAGGCGCAGCGCGGCGCCCCCGACGCCCCGUCGGUCGAGGGCGGCGCUGAGGAGGGCUUGCCAUUGCAGGGCCGCCCGAGGGAGGCUCGCCGCCCCCCCGCGUGAGGCGCCUCGGGCCUCGCCGGGCCCCCCCGCGCGCCCCUGCGCGCGCGAGGCCGCCGCACAGAGGCAGCGCGGCGCGCCGGGAAAAAAAGAGCGGCGCGGGAUCGCGGCGGCGGGACCUGUGCCAGG